GCCAGAUGGCACCGUUACCAUGGAGACCCCUGCCCAAGCACCCAACACCUGUGAUCAUCACCUGCCUCUUAAUUCAGCUUAAUCCAGAUCUCCCCCCUGGGACUUGCAGGAUACAAAGGGAGGGCAGGCAUCUUCUGGAAUCAGAACAGCUCUCCAUGACAGAUCCAGUGAGCUCACUCAAGGACUUGUGCCCAGAGAUUCAGUGCCUCAGCGCCUCAGCAGCCUCCCCAGGAAGGGCCACCCUUCCCAGCUCUGUCCCAGGCCUGAUGGUCCCGCACAGAGGGAAGAGACCAGCCUUUGUUGUCACACCUCCCAAGAAUCAGCUGCUGCACUGGGCGUUUCCCCACAUGCAGCCCUCUCUACAGACCUUCAAGUUGGAAAUAGCACCACUGUUGUGCUGUGUUAGAGACUGGGGAGCUGAGCCUCCGCUAGGACGGCCUUCAGAGGUAGUCUUUAGCCUUAGGGCUGGAGGCUGGAGAACCCCAGCCGAGGGCCACAAGGCCCUGGUAUCUCCAGGACCUCAAGCUUCUCCACUGCUGGAUUCCAAGCACAGUGUGACCCAGCAGGGCUCCUCGGGGCCAGGCCCCGGACCCCCCCACCCCUACCCCAGGGCCGUUAAAGCUUGCUUUUCUUGUUUUAUGGAAUUAACUCUUUAAUCCACGUGGAAUGUA